UCUGGGCAUUGGAGCAAUGGUGCGAACCCAACGGCCUGCAACUAAACCCAAGCCGCCGGGAGCGGCAGUGAAGUUGGAGCAACGGCGGUUGAGCAGCGCUGAUCGCUCAGCUUACUUCGCAAGGAGAGAAGCCUCCAAGGUCUUACGAACCGUUCUCCAAGGUGAUGCUCGGCGGCGAGCAGCUUGCUCUAUCAAAUCCAUCGUUUACGGUCCCUCAGUUAGGAACAAAAGGGCAACUUUCGCUCUGGUUUGCCAAACCCUGAAGCACCUUCGCAUUAUCAAGGAAGUGUUGGAGUCUGGCAAUAUACUGAACAGCAAGUGGAAGAAACAGGAGGAGCUGAUGUACAUAAUGACCUAUGAUAUUCUAUUUGGAAAGGAAGCUUCAUUGCUUGGUGGUGAUGCGGAGAAGUUUCUCACGGGCAGGAAAGGGUCGAUACAGUCUGCUCUAGCAAGACUUCUAGUGAGCAAAAAGGUCAAGCACGUUGAUGAUUUGAUUGAACUUUACCAACCUCCUGGUAUUUCAAAACCGUGUUUUGUUCGUGUAAAUACUCUGAAAGUGGAUGUGGAUUCAGCCUCACGUCAACUAAGCGAGCAGUUCAAGGUUGAGAGGGAUGCGUUGGUUCCUAACUUACUGAUACUCCCACCGAAUACCGAUUUGCACAGUCAUCCUCUUGUCUUGGGAGGAAGUGUCUUCGUGCAAGGAAGGGCAAGCUCAAUGGUUGCGACAGCUCUUGAUCCCAGACCUGGCUGGCAAGUUAUUGAUGCUUGUGCAGCGCCGGGAAAUAAAACUGUUCACCUAGCUGCCCUCAUGAACGGAAAGGGCAAGAUUGUGGCAUGUGAACUGAACAAAGAUAGGAUUAAACGCCUGGAAGAUACUGUUAAACUUUCUGGAGCUAGAAAUAUUGAAAUUUUUCAUGGUGACUUCCUGAAUCUGGACCCACAUCAUUCUUCCUUUAGCCAGAUCCGUGCUAUCCUUUUGGACCCAUCUUGUUCUGGAUCUGGUACUGCUGCGCAGAGAUUAGACCAUCUACUACCUUCACAUUCUACUCAUGAUGACGACACAGAACGACUAAACAAGCUUGCUGGUUUUCAGAAGAAGGCCUUGAUCCAUGCCCUAUCUUUUCCUUCCGUUGAAAAAGUAGUAUACAGCACGUGCUCAGUUAACCGAAUUGAGAAUGAGGAUGUGGUUAGUUCUGUUCUCCCUUUGGCUUCAUCCCUCGGCUUUGAGCUGUCAACUCCCUUCCCUCAAUGGACUCGUCGUGGUCUUCCUGUUCUCCAAGGCUCUGACCACUUACUCCGGAUGGAUCCAGCUGAAGACAAAGAAGGCUUCUUCAUUGCUCUUUUCACCAAGAAAGCCACCUGCAUUGAUAGCUCACAAGCAUCUUCCGGUAUAGAGCUUCCUAAAGCUGUUUCGAGUUCGUGUUUCAAAAAGUAUGGCUGCAUAGAGAAGAAACGGCCUGUGCCUUUCUUGGUAUGGAAUAGAAUGUGGAGAUUUUCUUCUUUAGCUUGGCAAAGAAGAAGGGCACUGCAACAUGAUCAUCGUCCGAAAGAGUAAUAAACACCUGGUCUUUAGUGCUGAGUUACAUCAAAGGAUGACUACAAUGCUGUCUGCAAAUGCCUGAUUGAUUCACCAUAUCAUAGGUUAUUUUAUUAUCCCCUCCGGAAGCGCCGAGGAAGGGGGCGAUAGUUUGUGGUCGAGUUAACUCAAGCUGUCUUUCUAGCGGUAUUCACAGUUUGCAACAAAGUUUUGUUCUUGGACUCGUGUACGGAUGUUGAGAAUAUUAAAGGUGCGCCUAUUUUGUCAUUUGCAUGCUUAACUUUCCAUAUAUGUGACUGGACUAGAGUGCUGCAGUUGAUCAGAUAAAAUUGAGAAGUCAAA